GAGCCGACUGUUCUGGGAGCCGUUGAAUCAAUGAACCGGCAAAACUGAAAGAGAAAGUAACCGAGUGACGCAGUAAACCCGCUCAGACCUGCUCCGCUCCUGGUUCCCGAUCAGACCAGGCAGUGGGCAUUUUAGGCACUGGCAGCCGCCCGGGCGCCACGAGCAGUCAAAAAUAAUAAUCAUCCGCGACGCGAAGCGGUUUUCUAUGAAGUACCAUAACAUUGUGUGGGAAAUUGGCAUAUUGGCGCCCCCUCUGGCUGAAGGCGCACCGCUGAAAAGGUGCCGUGCACGGACGGACUGAAACUCCCACUGAAGUGGCGUAGGUUCAUGAUACGUCCUCUCCUGGUCCCGUGAGGUCAUCCUUCAGAGGCUGACACGAUGCUGAGCAGCGCGGCGGUGCUAGGGUUAGGGUUAGGGUCAGGGUUAGCUUUAGGGUUAGGGUUACAUGUGUCAUCAUCAUUUACCGUGUCCAUACUUUAUAUUUCACUGACAAUACCCGUUAUGACCAGUAGAUGGAGCCAGAUCUCCUUAGAUUCAUACGUCGCCGAAAAACUGCUCUAAAAGGUUGAGAAUGAUCGGGCCCGAGGCAGGGUAAGUGCAGACCACUUUCCAGAGAGAUUGAUAGAGCGACGUCCUUCUUCUUUUGGAUAGUUAUUCCCAAGUCUCUGAUUGGCUGACGUUUCACGAAAGUAUUUACUUUCAUCAACCAAGUCCCUGAUAUAAAAGUACUGGGCCGGUGGAAUGCAGAGUUGCAGACAUCAUCCUUGAGAAAGUCACGACGAAUCUGUAACUAGAUAAUUAUUCUGUCAACUGGACACCGCGAUCAAACAGUCCUGGAUUGGAUUCUCUUGUAAAAAAAAUUUUACAUCAUUUUUUUACAACGAUUUAAUUUUUUCUCCCCUUUUCGAGGUUAGGAUUUGCGAGUCUCGUUUGUUUUUGUUCUCACUCCGUGUAUUUAGUGAACGAUCUUCUGUCAUCCAUGGCCUGUCCGCAAGUUGGCGGCUUCCUCAUGGGCUGCCUCGGGUGGCUGUGCAUCCUGGUCGCCACCUCCACCAACAACUGGGUCAUCAUGUGUAAAUACGGCAUGAACGCCUGCAAGAAGUCCGAAGAGAGCAACAUCAAGGGUCCCUGGGCGGAGUGCUCGGUGUCCUCCGCUCACUACGAGUGUCAGCCCCUCACGCAGAUCCUGGAGCUGCCAGCCUACAUCCACACCACCCGGGCUCUGAUGAUCACGGCCUCCACCCUGGCGCUGCUGGCGGUGGUGCUGCUGCUGAUGUCGCUGCCCUGCAUCAGUCUGGGCGAGCCCCCCAAGGCCAAGAGCCGCCGCGCCGUCCUGGGGGGGCUCUGCUUCCUGUUCGUGGGUAAGAGAGGACAAAGACACAACGCGACACGCACACACAGGAGGACACGCCUGCAGAGUACACACCUCGCACACACAUGGAAGGAAUACACCCACGCAAACACACGGACGCUGUGAUGGAAAAUCUACAUG